UAACUCUCUCUCUCUAACUCUUCUGCGACUUUUGCUUCUUCGAAUCGGAAUUGGAACUCUUUUUUUUCCUCUCUCUCUCUCUAACUCUUCUGCGACUUUUGCUUCUUGGAUUGGAAUUGGAACUUUGUUUUUUUUUGCAGGAUGGGUAAGAAAUCUAGGUCUGGGGAUUGUACGGAUCGGGAAAGCUGGGACAAACUCUUCAAGACUUUGGUAAAGAUUCUACAGACGAAACAAGACGAGGUCGAAUCGCUUCUUAAAGACAGGAAGGUUCUCGAAGAUAAGCUCAAAUCUCAAAACGAGAACUGGAUCUCUGAUGCUCGUAACCACGACGAACAACUCUCUCUGAUGAAGAGAGAAGUUGAAACGAGGGAGAUGAUGCAGUUCUUUGAGACCUCUAAAGGCAGUCUCUUGUCUGGAUUUAAGGAAAGGGAUCAUUCUCUUUGCAAUUUGAAGCUAGAACAGACGGUGGACGAGAGAAACGACUUCAAGGCUUGGUUUGAUUUCCUCACUCUCAACACAAAUAAGGAAAGUGGCAGCUCAUUGGAAGCUGAGAUGACAAAACUGAAGCUUGAGUAUGAGAAGAAGAAACGUGAAGUAUCUGAUCUCUCACGAGAGAACGUGUUUGUUUGGAGUCAGCUCAAAUGUAUCGAGAGUGGGUUCACUGAUAAGUGGAAGAAGAAAGAAGACGAGAUUGCUCAAGCGAAUUCCAAAAUAUCGAGCCUUUUAUCUUAUCAAGAGCAGCUUCAGUCAUCUAAUCACGAGAAAGAUGAGAUUAUCUCAAGCUUGAAGGCUAAGGUUGUUGAGAUGGAAACGGAUUCUAGGAAGAGAGAUGAGGAGAUCUCAAAGCUCUCACGGGAACUAGAGUCUUUGAAGAAGUCUCGUAGCUUCACACCGGUUUUAACUAGAUGCACAACUCGUGACAAAGGUAACACCGUGGGAUCUCAGGUAUUUACUAAGAAAGAGAAGCUAGCUGCAUCAACACCUAAUCAAGAGGAAAUUAAAAGCGCAAAGAGGAAACGAGAGAACAAGACCACGCCAGCCACAGUUUCAGUAAUCCCAAAGCUGUUCUCUUCCACGUUUAGGCUUCCCAAGUUAAAGUCUCCACCUUCUGGAGCCAUAUAAGAUUUGAUUUUGUUAUUGGCUGCUUGUGUUAGAUUUAGGGGAUUUAGAAAUCUAUCUAUGUAUUUAGGAUCAUCCCUCUGAUGUAUAUUAGCUUUAUAUAGUUCUUGACCUUAUUUAGAUAGGAACCUUGCAUUGCAUCUAGCAGCUGUUACCUUUUUUUUUUUAUGUAUUAUUUGUGAGGUUUCAAGCAUUGUAAUGUAACAAAGAUUUCAAGUGGCUUCAAUUGAAGAGUUUUGAUUUUGUUA